AGGCAGCAAAUUGAGCGGCACAACUAGUAGUUUUUUUAUGGUCAGCAAAACCAUCACGUCUUCUUUCUGGGCUCCCUCCCCCCCCCUCCUGCAGCUGCGGGGUCUGCUUCCUCCAUAGUUACUUGACUGGAUCUGCUGCUUUAUGGUUUAACCCUUGUGUGUCAAGAAGCGUAGAGAACAUGCUGAACAAGGCAAGAGGAUGAGUUUGGAUGGAAAUCUUUGCUGAUCAGCACCCUGGACAGCAACCCUCCCAGCAGAGCCAACUUUCCCUGUCGCUGCGGAUGUGUUGCCCCAGUUGGAGAAGAAGCCAAGAGAGACAACAGCUACAGGGCAGCUGCAUCCCCCGCACCCCUACAUGCACGCUGUGCCCAUUACAUGACCCUCAAAAUCUGCUUGUUGCGCCUGUGAUCUUUCCAUUUGCCCCAAAGGACAGGCUGGAUGUGAACUGCAGUUCCUUUGGUCUGCCGGUGAGACUUUCUCAUCCAAACCUCGAUCACGUAGGAUUGCGCAGACAAGGAGAUCUAGGACAGCCGGGAGGAAUGAGAGGGAAAGCUGCAAUGCUAUAUUAGCGUUAAUUAGUCAGCCUUGCAUCCUCACCUCUUUAUGAGCGCCCAAGGGGCUAUGAUAGAGUAUUGCAACCCUCCCUGCCAACAGCCUGUUGGGUAACAAUGCACCUCCUUUCAUUAUGCCUGGGCUUUUCCCCCUACCCACUCGGCUGCUGCCUCCUCUGCUCUGUCACUGCUAGAGGAUUCUGAUUCCAGGGAUCCCUAAUGGGUCUUAGUGCUGCUGGAUUUAAUACAAGCUGGUACAUUGCAUAUCAGCCUCAGAAGGAGAAUAGGAGAUUCCUGUGGAUGGAAUUUCAUGCUGAAGUUAAAUCGGUGCAGUGUGACUGGGACCUCCUCUAAUCCCUCAUUAUCAGCCUCCCUAGCACACCAAGUUGUGGCUGACUGGGGCUCUGUUAUGCUAGUGAUGCAGGAGCUUUGUGUGGGACAAUGGACCCCUGAUGACCUGUGCUGAAUGUUGGGCACUGACCCUGGAUAUGUUGCUCUGUACUUGUGACAGAUAGGAGCUGAAUGCACCAUGCCAGGAUUGGAGUGGUGUCUCACCCCGCUGUGUUUGGUAUGUAAACAGAAAUUUGGGGGGAGCCAACUGUGACCUGUUUAUGGGCUUUGACAGGGGGGGAGCUGCAGGACUGAGUGAUUGCCCCUGCUUGGGCUGCUGCUCUGGAUCCCCUGCACUGACCUGUUGGGCUGAAGUGCCUGCACCCUUCCCCUCUGUGGCAGAUGAGCUAAUAGCCGUGGGACAUUGGUUUGAUUGGAAACAUGACAGCUCCACAGCUGUGAGAAACUCCAGUGCCGGGGAUAUGGCAAUCAGGCCGGGAUUAUUAGAGAUAUAGCUUGCUUCUCCUGGGAGCAAUCACUUGUCUCAUAUUUUUUUUUUUUGUACUGUGAGAAAACAGCUUGAAAAAUUACUUGCUACUGAUCUCUCACUUUGCUGCCCCGGAGGGGUGCACCCAAAGUAACCAUUUGAUACGCUGGACUUUAGGCAGGGGGCUGGGAGGUGCCAGUGGGAGUCAUGGCUGCGGCAAUUGCAAGCUCGCUGAUCCGACAGAAGAGACAGGCAAGGGAGUCCAACAGCGACAGGGUCUGUACGUCCAAACGAAGGACCAGCCCGAGCAAGGAGGGGCGCUCUCUGUGUGAUAGAAAUGUGCUGGGGGUCUUCAGUAAAGUGAGGUUCUGCAGCGGCAGGAAGAAGCCGGUGAGAAGAAAACCAGAACCCCAGCUGAAAGGAAUUGUGACAAGGUUAUUCAGCCAGCAGGGAUACUUCCUGCAGAUGCACCCAGAUGGCAAUAUUGAUGGAACAAAGGACGAAAACAGCGACUACACUCUUUUUAAUCUAAUCCCUGUGGGUCUCCGUGUGGUUGCAAUACAAGGAGUGAAGGCUGGACUCUAUGUGGCGAUGAAUGGCGAAGGCUUUCUCUUCAGCUCAGAUACUUUUACCCCAGAAUGCAAAUUUAAGGAGUCUGUGUUUGAAAAUUACUACGUCAUCUAUUCUUCUACACUGUAUCGGCAGCAGGAAUCGGGCCGCCAAUGGUUUCUUGGACUCAGUAAAGAAGGUCAGAUUAUGAAAGGAAAUCGUGUUAAAAAGACCAAACCAGCAUCACAUUUUGUACCAAAACCUAUAGAAGUAUGCAUGUACAGAGAGCCAUCACUGCAUGAAAUUGGAGAGAAGCAAGGACGUUCAAGAAAAAGUUCAGGGACACCAACCAUGAAUGGUGGCAAAGUCGUUAACCAAGAAUCAACAUAGCCAAUAUCUAGCUCUGGCCAGACAGUGAAGACACUGGAAAAUCAGAAAUUACAUGUAUAAACUGACAAGACAGGUUCCGUUGACAACAUUUUUUGAACUCCAAUCUUUUUCUUCUUUGGAUAGGACAAAGGAAUGGAUAUGAUAUUACCUAAAUUUUCAACCAAACAGAUAAAAAAAAAUUCCAAGAAAUUUUAUUGAAUCCGGACACCAUUUUACAUUUUAUGCCAAUUUUGCUUUGUGAUCGAAUAAGUUCCCGUCUCUGCAUAAAACACAAUAAAGUUGGUACCUUUAAAAGAAAAAUAAACGUGCUAGAAAGAUAAAUGUUUAGAAAAAGCUGCUUGAGAAACUGAGUAGUGGGACAUUCCCUUUAGUUAAAUACUUGUGUCAAUGAAUCAUUUAUUUUUAUUUCCCCCUAUAACAAAGUGACAUAUGACAUUUAUGUUGGACUGAUGUAUGUUUUAUUCAUUGAAUACAUUUAUGGAUUUCAGAGUGUAAGUUUAGAAAUCUAAAUAAGCACAAUGAGCAGGCCACCAUGUACACUAAAGCUAUACAAACGUACCUCCUGUAGUUUGCUUUGCAGCUCCCACAUCACUUCCAGAAGGGAGAAUGCAAGCAAACACUUGUUUGUGAACCUUGUUUCACUUGUGUAUCUCACAAGAGUGUGCCCAUAGUGCAAAAAGUAAAAAUAUGGCUUUGAUGACUUUUAACUGCAGGAGGAAGGCAUUUAAUCAGCUAUGCCACUAUAUUAGAUAUAUGCAAGUACACAGACAUCAUUUGAGUUAUAUUGUAACUUAUCCAACUGGAAAUAGAACCUGGUCAUGGAUGUGGCCUUGGUUGUUGAACCAAAGGCAAGAUAUGAGGCAAGCACUCCUGUAAAGUAAUAAAGCUGUACAUGAUGCAGAAAGAUCCCAGGUAAAGUCUACAAGCAGAAUUAUAAUAAUAUUCCUAAAAAUUUGCUUGUUGGUUAUAGCUGUGGAAGGAGACCACAUUUCCAUGAAGAGUUGUCCACUCUAUGCACUUGCAGCACUUUACUGAAUGUGCAGACUGUGGAAGUUUGGAGCUCCCCGGAUUCAAAUGGAUCACUUUGAUAAGUGGUGAGAGAAGUCAUUAUUUGUACUGAACCUAAGGCACUUGAUAAGCUACAACUGCCAGGAUUCAGAUAUGCAGGUUUAACUUCCUAGACAUACAAAAUCAAUUAAUGGAGGAUGGAUGGUCUGUGCUUAAGCACAUAAGAAUUAUCCCUUCAAUGUGUGUUUUAUUACACUCAGCUGUAUGGCCUGACAUUUUCUCUAGUAGAGGCUUGUUCCUCAGCGAGCCAUGCUCUUUUCCACUGUGUAUCUAUUUGCUUUACAAUUACAGCAGUUGAAUAUUUGCUCUUCCUCUGACUUUCAUCAUUUUUUAUGGCACACAGAAUAAAGCAAAGGGGAUAUCACUCUAUAUACACACAGAGAACACCUAAAUAGAAUGGGAUAUAUUCAUUCUGGCAUUUCUUCAACUUAUUCACAUGGCAGUGCUGGGAAGUAAAUACAAUUGUAUUCUAUUUUUUUAUCAGAUUUAACUACUUGGUAUCAUUAGAUAAUUUUAAGAGAAAUGCAUUUUCUUAUGCACUAGUUUGGAUGAAGUUCAAGGAUAACCAUUGGGCUUUAUAUUCUGUUACCUCCUAUACAAGCUGAUCCUGGUAGGCAUCGGUUGUACAGAGGAUCUAUCUGUCUAGUGGUCUGUAGUGAAGUAGGGCAGAUGUUGAAAUAUUUUUUUCAUAGUUCUUUUUGCAAUGUCCUUUUGUUGUAAUGAUUGCCUGAGAGACCACCAGUAAUAUUCUGGUGAGCAUGUGUUCUAUGCAUCUAUCUUUGUGCAGUUUCUUUAUUAAAGCUGCAAUAAGAUACGUAAAAAAUGACUGAGCUGUAUGUGUGGUACAUUAGCUUAAUGGACAAAACGUCUGUUCUUGUUUCUGUUUCCACCAACAAUAAAAAGCCAUUAUAAAUGUCCCCAAAAAUUAAAAAAGGGAAGGCUGUCUCACUUAAUUCCCAAUUGUCAUAGUAUGUUUUAUUUCAAGGUAUUGUGUAAGUCAUCUCACAAAAGUGCAGUUCCAAUGUGCCUUUCUACUUAAUAUAAUGGAGGAAAGUAAAUAUAGUAGUGGUUGUGUAUACCUGGUCCCACGCCCAACUGUAGUAGAUGACACAGAGCGAAUUUUAAUAUAUUUUUACAAUAACAAAACAAUAGAUUAAUUAAACCUGAGCUUAGAGUCCCAUUGAUACAGCAUGACACUGGGUAACCAUAUGUUUUUUUUAUCACUUGGCCAGUAUAAUAAAAGUUUAACUCUUAAGGACUAACUCAUUCCUUUUGCACAUGAAAAAGUGAUAUAAAAAUUUAAAUUCUGUCCUCUGUCUUGGUGAAGAACAGCAAGGCUUUCCAUUCCUCAUAUAUAACAAACUCAAGCGCAUAACAUGAGAUUAGGGAGUUGCAACUUUUUAUUUUAUUUUAAUACUAUAGAAUGAUUUCUGCAUCAUCAUAUAGAUAACAUAUGGAUAACCUGUAAAACAAAGGCAUGAUAUGUUCUUUCAUUGUCUUUAUGGGAAAUUAAAUUAGAAAUGUACUUUAUAAUAAUAAAGAUUUACUGUCUAAUGUUUUACAAUUUGAAAGUGAAAUAAAUCAUACUUUGCUCAA